AAUACCAUCGUAUAAGACUUUCCCGCGCGUAGCCGUGAUGAUGUUUGGUUCCGUUUUUGUUUCACGUACGGCUCUGAACAAAAUGGGUUAAACACUUCACCAUUAUAUAAAGCGUAUCAGUCUUCUUCUUUUUUUGCCUCAAAAGAUAAAGUACGUAGAGAGGAAGUAUAAUUUUCAAAAGUGGUAACAUUUAGAAUAUACGUACAACCUUACACCAUAAUGGAUUUUCACAUACUCCGUUUAUUUCGGGUUGUUAUCGUCGCAGCUUUCAUCUUCCACGGCUCGUGUUAUUCCCAAAAAGCUGGUGAUUAUAGUUUUAUGAUAGAUGCAACGUCAGCACCAAAGUUAUCUCACUUCGACUACAUAGUCAUCGGAGGAGGAACCGCGGGAUGUGCACUAGCCGCAACGCUCUCGCAAAACGCAACCGUUUUAGUUCUCGAACGCGGUGGGUCCCCUUACGAUAACCCGACGGCCACAGACAUCGGAAACUUCGCCAAUACACUCUUGAACUCAACACCAAACUCUUGGUCGCAGCUUUUCAUAUCGGAAGACGGCGUUCUCAACUCUCGUGCGCGCGUGCUUGGCGGAGGAACGGUGCUAAACGCGGGAUUCUACUCGCGUGCCGAAGAUACUUUCGUGGAGGAAGCCGGUUGGGAGAGAGAAGAGAUCGAAGCAGCUUACGAAUGGGUCGAGAAGAAAGUGGUGUUCGAACCAGAGGUUAAGGGAUGGCAGUCUGCGUUUAUAGAUGGGCUUUUGGAAGCCGGAGUGGUUCCGUACAAUGGUUUCACGUACGAACAUGUCUAUGGGACGAAAACUGGCGGUACGAUAUUUGAUCGGGAUGGUCGGAGACACACGGCAGCUGAUCUGUUGGAGUAUGCUGAUCCGGAUAUGAUAACUGUGUACUUGCAUGCUUCUGCUCAUAAGAUCCUCUUCACCACCAAAGGAAGUAUGAGGCCUAAGGCAAAUGGGGUGAUAUUCCGAGAUGCCAAUGGAGUGUUACACACGGCAAAACUAGCGACACAUAACUCACUGAACGAAGUGAUUUUAUCAGCCGGUGCCAUCGCAAGCCCGCAGCUACUGAUGCUGAGUGGUGUUGGCCCUGAGGCUCACCUUGCAGACCGUGGGGUGAAUCCGAUCGUCCUAGAUAACCCCAUGGUAGGACAAGGAAUGGGUGACAACCCCAUGAAUCCUGUCUUGGUUCCUUCUCCUGAACCUGUAGAAGUGUCCCUUGUCCAAGUCGCUGGUAUCCCUCAUUUUGGUAGUUACAUUGAAGGUGGGAGUGGAUUAAGUUUCUCUAGUAAUUUGACCCACAGCUACUUCGACGGUGUUAUAAAUCUUCUUAAUGAGAUAAAACUCCCCACCGAAAACAUCUCUAGCCUUUUAAAAUCUUUGGAUCCUCCAUUUGAUGUGACAACACAAGCAGGUGUGAUGCUUCAGAAAGUUGAUGGACCGAUCUCGAGGGGUCAUUUGGAGCUGCGGAACACGAAUCCAGAUGAUAACCCUUCGGUGACAUUCAACUACUACCAAGAACAAGAGGAUUUGAAUAACUGUGUUGAAGGACUUAGUGCUAUAGUUAAAGUGAUCAAUUCAAAGGUAUUCUCCAAGUACAAGUAUCCUGGAGUGUCCGCGCGUGGAUUGCUAGAUCUCAUUCUUGCCCUUCCCAUUAAUCUGAGGCCAAGGCACAUAGAAUCAUUAUUUGAUUUGAAGCAGUUUUGUAAAGAUACGGUGAUGACUAUCUAUCACUACCAUGGAGGUUGCCAAGUUGGAAAAGUGGUCGAUAAUGAUUACAAAGUAUUAGGGAUUGAUGCUCUGAGGGUCAUCGAUGCAUCAAUAUUUCUCAGGACCCCCGGGACUAAUCCUCAAGCCACCAUCAUGAUGCUUGGAAGGUAUAUGGGGCAGAAAAUUCUUCGAGAAAGAGCUGAUUUUCUGGAAACUGAAGAAGAAUCAUGAUAUUUUAAAAUAUGCUCAAAAUAAGAUCUUGUUAUUGAAGAUUGUUGCUUGCUAUGAAAGACUAAGAAUAAACAUCUUCAUCGUUCAAAGAAAGU